GGCGGUGGCGACGGACGAUAACGACGCGAGCGAUCGAACGGGGAACGCGAAGGCGCGACCUUGGGCGCGGUGGUACACGUCGCCGCGGGCGGUGUCCGCGGAUCGCCUCCUCGAAGCGCGCGCGACUGCCGACGGGACGCCGAGCGCGACUCUCUCUCUCUUUCUCUCUCUCUCCUCGCAACCAUGGACGUCGCCGCGUUCUCCGAGGACAGCUUCGACGUCAAGGAGUGGAUCAACCGGACGUUCAAGUCCGCCGAGGCGCAGGAGAACAAGGACGCGUUCGUCUCGUCAUUGGUGAUGAAGCUGCAAUUGUACGUGCAACAAGUUAACGGUGCCUUGGAGGAGACUAGUCAAUCGGUUCUCUCCAGCUUACCAAGAAUUUUAAGAGACACUCAAUUGCUGCAGCAAGAAACGUUAGCGCUGAAGGAGAAAAUGGUCGCCGUCAAGCAAGAGAUUGCGAAGAUCGAGAAAGACACAGCCUCGUCCAUGGCAACGCUGGAGAAGAUCGAUAGGAUAAAAACGGAACUGCAGACUGCUAAGCAAGGGUUGCACGAGGCCGACAAUUGGACGGUGCUGGCGAACGACGUGGAAGAGGUAUUCGAGUCUGGCGAUAUAGAAGCUAUAUCUAAUAAAUUGUUCAGCAUGCAGAAAUCACUAGCUAUGCUCGCGAACGUUGUCGAUUACGAGGAUAAAAAGCUGCAGCUGGAAGGCUUGAAAAAUCGCCUCGAGGCGAUAGCCAGUCCGCGAUUGGUCCAGGCUUUUACCGCUGCAAAUUUAGAGCAAUCCAAGACUUACGUGGAUAUCUUCGGCAAAAUGGAGCGUCUGCCUCAGCUUCUCAAAUACUAUCACAACUGCUUGAGGGUCUCUUUGGCCCAGGAAUGGCGACGCACUAUUGAGCUAGCGCAAGACGAGAACGUUACGUAUUGGCUACGCGUAUAUUAUGACAAACUGUUAUCCUCUUGGCACGAACAGGUGAAAUGGUGCCAUCAAGUCUUUCCUAAUGCUUCGGUAGAUAUUCAUAUCGAGGUUUACGCUGACCUUUUGAGGAGCCUCGAUCCCGGUAUUCCGGAAUGUAUAGAGGCGGUGCUGAAACAACAUUCCAACGCGGUGCAGUUGUCGAUUCUACUCGAAUUGAAACAGAUGACGAGGCACUUCGCCACGAAUCUCAGCGGCGCCAUCGAAACGUCACUUCGCGGGAAGUCGCAGAACGAGAAGCUAUUGUCGCUGGCGCAAGCCGUAUACGUGCCUUACGUUCCCUACGUCGCGAAAUACAGCAAGUUCGAAACCGCGCAGUUGGAACAACACUUGCAGUUUUUGGAUCGCUCGCACGACGAUCUAAGCGACACCAUUAAUUCCCUUUCUCUUAGCAUCUCGCGAAUUAUGGGCUAUGCCAAUGAAGCAAAUAAGCGAUGUAAACUUUUUACAGAAGGUUGUGGAUAUCCUGGUUUGCUGCAAUCGUUAAACAUUUAUUUCAACAAAUAUCUCGAGAAAUAUCAGCAAGGAUUGAGGCAACUCGAGAGAAAGAAAGUGAAACACGAAGACUGGAAUCUGUUCCAAAUGUGUCUUACGCUUAUGCAAAAUAUAGGUGAUCUCUUGCAUCAAGUGCAACAAUUCGAAAAGUCGCUCGUGAUCGACAUAACAGAAGCUAAUAACAAAUUACAAAACACAAACGGUAGCGUCUUUUGUCAGUAUAAAAAGUUACUGUUGACUUCGUCGGGAUGCGCAGACCUAGAAAAUCUUGUCGCAUCUUUCCAAAGAGAGGACAAGACAAUUCUCGACUUGAUUAUAAAAUCUAUUCAAAAGCUCUGUACUGAUUUACAUCAUACGACGUACGAAGUCAUUUUUGCGCCGAUAUUCUCUCAACUUUUGCUGGUGCAAAAGGCACCAGCUUGGUCGGUGGAGACCAACAAAAUGUCCAAUCUAAGUUCAGAUCUACCCGAUUACAGUUUCGCUCCUCAAGAGUAUAUUACGCAGGUCGGUCAGUAUUUAAUGACAUUGCCGCAGCACCUGGAGCCAUUUCUGUUGAGGGACAAUCCAAGUCUAACGCAAGCAUUGAAGGCAGCCGAUCCGCAAUAUGUCCAAGGCUCGAGUGAAUCUGGAUUUACUAGUAUACUAUUGGACAUUAUUGCCCGGGGAACGUGUCAAAUGUUCCAGGAUCAAACCUUGGGCAUCUGCCAAUUGAACUCCGUUGCUUGCAAACAACUCGCAACUGAUAUCGGUAGCUUUCGCGUUAUAUCUAGAAUU